UGAGCGGCUGCCGUAUCUCCCCAUCCGGGGCAGCUGGGAAUGGCUGAGCCCACGGUUUGCCGCCGCCCCCGCCGCCGCUGCCGCCGCCGCCCGCUUUCUGCUCGGGGUGCAGACUUUGCCAGGUAGGUGGUGCUGUCAUCCCCAUUUCGAAGAUGAGGCAACUGAGGCUAAGAAAAGUGAAUGACUUGCCUAAGAAUCUUAUGCCUAUUAAGUGAUGGAGCUGGACAUGAUUCCAGGCUUGAGGCCACAUUGUUUUGAUAGAGGCUGGACAGUCCUGCUUCUUCCCGGGACCCUAGCAUCCUGAGACAUUUUUGGAUUCAUAGCCCUUAGGAUCGGAUCAACCCAGUCAGAGCUCAUCAUGUCAAAGUUGAAAAGCUCAGAGUCAGUCAGGGUGGUGGUUCGCUGUCGGCCCAUGAAUGGCAAGGAAAAGGCUGCUUUGUAUGACAAGGUGGUAGAUGUGGACGUGAAGCUGGGGCAGGUGUCUGUGAAGAACCCCAAGGGAGUGGCCCAUGAAAUGCCCAAGACCUUCACCUUCGAUGCAGUCUACGACUGGAAUGCCAAGCAGUUUGAACUCUAUGAUGAGACGUUCCGACCACUGGUGGACUCUGUGCUGCAAGGUUUCAAUGGGACAAUUUUUGCCUAUGGACAGACCGGGACUGGGAAAACCUACACGAUGGAAGGAGUCCGUGGUGACCCUGAAAAAAGAGGAGUCAUUCCUAACUCGUUUGAUCACAUCUUCACCCAUAUCUCUCGAUCCCAGAAUCAACAGUACCUGGUCAGGGCUUCUUACUUAGAGAUCUACCAGGAGGAGAUCCGAGACCUGCUCUCAAAGGAUCAGACCAAAAGGCUUGAGCUCAAAGAGCGGCCUGACACUGGCGUGUAUGUGAAAGAUCUGUCUUCCUUUGUCACCAAGAGUGUGAAGGAAAUAGAGCACGUGAUGAAUGUGGGCAACCAGAACCGUUCUGUCGGUGCUACCAACAUGAAUGAGCAUAGUUCACGUUCUCAUGCAAUUUUUGUCAUCACCAUCGAGUGCAGUGAGGUGGGCCUCGAUGGAGAAAACCACAUCAGGGUAGGGAAAUUGAACCUUGUAGAUCUUGCUGGCAGCGAACGGCAAGCCAAGACUGGUGCACAAGGGGAAAGAUUGAAGGAAGCAACCAAGAUCAACCUGUCCCUUUCAGCCUUGGGUAAUGUCAUCUCUGCCCUGGUGGACGGAAAAAGCACUCACAUUCCGUAUCGGGACUCAAAGCUUACCAGACUCCUCCAAGAUUCUCUUGGUGGCAAUGCUAAAACUGUGAUGGUGGCCAAUGUGGGGCCUGCCUCUUACAACGUAGAGGAGACCCUGACCACGCUGAGGUAUGCCAACCGUGCCAAAAACAUUAAGAACAAGCCAAGGGUCAACGAGGACCCUAAGGAUGCCCUCCUUCGCGAAUUCCAGGAAGAGAUUGCUCGGCUUAAGGCCCAGCUAGAAAAACGGUCCAUUGGCAGGAGGAAGAGGCGAGAGAAACGGAGGGAAGGUGGUGGCAGUGGUGGAGGUGGGGAAGAGGAGGAGGAGGAGGGAGAAGAGGGUGAGGAGGAAGGGGAUGAUAAAGAUGAUUACUGGCGGGAACAGCAAGAAAAACUGGAGAUUGAGAAGCGGGCCAUUGUAGAGGACCACAGCUUGGUUGCAGAGGAAAAGAUGAGGCUGCUGAAGGAGAAGGAGAAAAAGAUGGAGGAUCUGCGGCGUGAGAAGGAUGCUGCCGAGAUGCUGGGUGCCAAAAUCAAGGCCAUGGAGAGUAAGCUGCUUGUUGGAGGAAAAAAUAUAGUAGAUCAUACAAAUGAACAGCAGAAAAUCCUAGAGCAGAAACGGCAGGAAAUUGCAGAGCAGAAACGUCGAGAAAGAGAAAUCCAGCAACAGAUGGAAAGUCGAGAUGAAGAGACCUUGGAACUGAAAGAGACAUACAGCUCAUUGCAGCAAGAGGUGGACAUCAAGACCAAGAAACUCAAAAAGCUCUUCUCCAAGCUUCAGGCAGUGAAGGCAGAGAUCCAUGACCUCCAAGAAGAGCACAUCAAGGAGCGGCAGGAGCUGGAGCAGACGCAGAACGAGCUCACCAGGGAGCUGAAACUCAAGCAUCUUAUUAUAGAAAACUUCAUCCCUCUGGAAGAAAAAAGUAAAAUUAUGAAUAGAUCCUUCUUUGAUGAAGAGGAAGAUCAUUGGAAAUUACAUCCUAUAACCAGACUGGAGAAUCAGCAGAUGAUGAAGCGGCCGGUGUCAGCUGUGGGAUACAAGAGACCACUGAGCCAGCAUGCGAGAAUGUCCAUGAUGAUUCGUCCAGAGGCUCGAUAUAGGGCAGAAAACAUUGUGCUAUUAGAACUGGACAUGCCCAGCCGGACCACCAGAGACUACGAGGGCCCCGCCAUUGCCCCCAAAGUCCAGGCUGCGUUGGAUGCGGCUCUGCAGGAUGAAGAUGAGAUACAGGUGGAUGCAUCAUCCUUUGAAAGCACUGCAAAUAAGAAAUCCAAGGCCAGGCCUAAAAGUGGAAGGAAGUCGGGAUCCUCCUCCUCUUCCUCAGGAACCCCCGCAUCUCAGCUUUAUCCACAGUCUCGGGGGCUGGUUCCAAAGUAAAGCCACUUCCUCCCCUCCCAGGGUGUAACCAGCAUUUGCCUUCUGAGGGAAGAGACAAGCAAAAACCCGCAGAGAGGACUCAAGCCCAAACUCAGAACCAUUCCCCUGGGGAGGAGCGAUGGCCUCUUUGCAGAUGAACCAACUUAAUCUGGCUGAAACAUGCUGGUCCUAAUCUGACACUCAGCUCCUCUGGGAAACGUCCUUUAAUUAGCAUCUCAGAAAUGCAUGGGUAAGGUAAAGUGCGAUAGUUGAAGUGGAAAGCAAGAGAAUGACCAGUGACCUUGCUUCCUUUCUCCCCUGCCUCCUCCUCCUCUCCCUUCCCUGGCCCUCCCAACCCCUCCCCUCUCCUUUUCUAGCCUGUUCUUUACACUGGGCUCCCUUCUUGAACAGUAGGGCAGAAUCAGGAGUCACCUUAGCAGGACCAAGUCUUCGGAGCCUCAGGAUAAAGUGAGAGUGAGGUUGAAAAGCGAAAGCCCUAGAACUUGAACAGGUGCUUGUUCUUGGAGGUAGAAAUGAGAAAUCUUUGGAUCCAAGCCUCAGAUGGGCACGGUCCAUGCACCUCAGUAAGAAUUGGAUUUGCCUUUGGGAUUUGCUCAAGGAGCAAAUGUUUUCCAAGAAAGCUACCAGUUUCUGCUCUGGAAGGAUUCAAUGUUGGAAGCAAUAGAAAUAACAUUCCCUUUGCCUCCUUGGAGAGUUUAGGGAAACAGCUUCUUUAAAACCUCAAAACCAUGACCAUCUUGUCAAAGAUAUAAAUCUGUAGGCAGAUGCCAUGUGCAUACACCAUGUUACUUUACACUUCAUUUGUCACCGUCUCUUCCCAUGCAUGCGUACUCUGAGCGUCUGUGCCUGGGCCCAUCCUCUGCCUCCAGUGUGCUCUGCAGUGGGCCUGUUUUGUGGGAGAAGGGAGGCUGGCUCUGCCUUCUCUGAUGGGACAAGAGCUGGGGGAACAAGACACAGAGCAGCACUUUUGACUCCCCUGAGUUGUUCCAUUUGCAUAGAGAGCAUAACAGUGACUAGGCAGGUACGGAGGUGGAGUUGUGAGGCUUGGUGCAUUGGGAAGGGAAGAUGUAACAGAUGGAAGCAAAGGAAUCCUGCCUGCCUUCAGCAGAAAACUCCCCUAAUCGUGGAAUUGUGGCUCCUCCCAGGCAGAGCCCAAAGUGGUGGUGAGGAGUGGCUGUGCGCUCAAAUAGGCUCAGAGGAGAGAGUUAGGAAUUCCCGUUUACAUAUACUAGUUUGGUUUGUAAGUUUUAGUUGUUUGUAUUGUUGAAAUUCAAGGCUUCAUUUUGUGUUGGUCAUUAGGUGAAUGUUAUUCAUUUUUCCCCUAAGAGAAGCUCGUAAGUGUGUGUGGGUGUGUGAGCACGGUGGUACCUGUGUUCUUUGAAUGUGUCCAUGUAUGUUUGUGAGAGAGAGACUGAGAACUUGCCCAACUUUAGAAAUUCACUAAUGUGCAGUUGUUGCCUUUGUCUGUGUUAAAGGCCCAUUGAAUGACUCAUCCAGGCUGGAAGCGCUCCCAUGUGGGUAUCUGAGUCCACGAGCCAAGCCUGAGGGGACAAUACAAGUCCCCAGUCAGCCACAGCGGCGCACCUUGCUGGCACGGUGCCUCGGGAAUGUGGCGACUCAGGUGGGCCUUGAGUUAUAGUUUAACUCAGCUGCUCAGUUCCCAGGGCACAUUUCUGGAUCAGAACCCAUGGGAAAGUGGAGGUACCAAGUGCAAUGUCUUAGCGUUCUACAGGUAGAGAUCUGUCAUCUGGCAGCUUACCUCCUUUUUAGUAACCAUUCUUUCUGAACCCAGGGCCCUUUUCAGCAAUUCCCAGAGCAUAAUGGAGGCUUCCCUCAUCUUUCUCGGGAUCAAACCCUGCUUCUUUAUGAUUUACUAAGAAUUUACCUGUUUGAACAGGCACCAAGUGGUAAGAUGGGUAGCCUGGGAUGGUUACCUGCCAGUUACACCUGUCUCUUACACCACGUUUCCUCGAAGCUAGUCUGAAUUCUGUAGGCUGAAAAUACCCAUCUAGCACAUCUGAGAAUUGAAAACUGCAGGUAACCCUAUACGUGAAUACUGAUGUCUUGAGGUGGCUACUCUGACCACGGGUGGUUGAGCGACCAUAGAACUUUCCUAAGAAGGCAAAGGAAGGAAGCCAAGUGGACAGGCAGGAUUAUGAAAACAGGCUUGCCUUGUACUUGGCUGUGUUCAUCUGGUGGUCUGUGAAACAAAGUUGAAGAACACCUGGGUGGAGGUGAAGCCUUCCCCAAGCGGUCUCCGGUGCUUUUCUUCUCUCAAAACGGAUCCGAUAAAUAUUUGAGGAGAGUAGGCAGUAGAAUGUCUUGCUGCCACCAGGAAGCUGCUGCUCUGGGCUGUGGUCUGACCCAAGUGUGUAGACCUACCAAGUCGACUGUAGUCAUGCUAGAAUGUUCCAAGCCAUCUGAGGGCCUUCAUGUCAGCGGCAGCUAAUGAAGUUCAGAAGCAAGUCUAGCACGAUCUGAGAAGCUCAUCUGGGAGAAGGAGUUGGAGAUGGUGUGGGCCUCCCUCCUCAGGCCCCUUUCUGCUCUGGUCAGUAGGAAUGUAUCUGGUCCAGUUUUAAAGUCACAUGUCUCCCAGAGCCCUGGAUUCAGAACCCAAGGCCACAAAUCAUAGGCAUGAAGCACUUUCUUAAGACUCUGACAUACCGUUGGAUUGUCCCCCUUCGAAUGCCUGCAUGCUGCCUGAAUCGCACCACCCACACCUCUUUGACCAAGGGCAUCAGAGGGUUCCGCAGCUCGGGCGUGGGCCACGCUCUGCUUCUGUCUGACUCUUGUAAGUCCUCCUUCGCUGAAUGUAGAAUCGUUGCCAAGUUUCUGAGAAGUGUCGAUUCCCUGUUAACGUGGGAUAUCAGUUCUGCCUCACGUUUCCCACUUGAGGUUGAGGCUUGCUGCGAACAACACCUUGGGCCGUCUCAACACCAUCAGUGGACAAAAAUGGGGCUAUUAAUAUACUCUAAAAGCCAUAAUCAGAACGCUCAGAGGGAACUGGGUAAGAAUAGUGGGCCUGGCUAUUGUCGACCGCGCGAGGUUUUGUCUUGUCCUGUUCGGAAACCUGCCACCCUUCUCCCAACCCUUGUUUCUUGAAUGCAAUGCUUUUGAGGUUAGUUAUGAAAGGAGUGAUCUUGGGGCAGGUUGGAGGCAGUGGGCUUUAUGGCUCCUUGGAGUUACUGUUGAUCUUGACCUUCUCUUCGGCUACCUUUAGACAAAGAAUAUGCCAAUACUUGGGGCUCUAAGUUUUACAAUUGAUAUUUAUUUGUAUCAUCUCUUUGUCUAGGAAUGUAAAAGUGAUUCUAAACUAAGCUGUGUAAUAAAAAUCAAUCAGAUUUAUUGUACCUACAAAAA